AUGGCCGAACACAAUACCCACGACAUUGGAUCUAUGAGAGCAGUGGCACAUGUCCCUAAGUUCGAUGGGACAAAUAACAGAGAAUGGAAUUACCAGUUACAUCUCAGCUUCCAAGGAAUGGAGAUCGAUGAAGUAGUCACAGGGGCAGAGAUGCUUCCUGAGGAGGAAUUUGAUGACAAUGGUCAACUCGAAAACGAGGAAGAAAUAAAGCUAUGGAAACGCAAGGAUGUAUUGGCAAGAAACUGCAUAAUGGCCACUACAUAAAAGGAAAUGAAGGAGAAUUUAUACACGUGCACAAGCUCAGCACAAAUGUGGACCAGACUUAAUCAACAGUACCAUCUUCAAACUGAAGAGCAU